AUGAAGACGCUGUCGUCACUUUUCCUUCUCGUCCUCGUGGUGGCCCCCGGGCUGCUGCUGGCGCGGACGGGCACUGCCGCCAAGCUCCGAGGGCUGGGAGCGCUCAGGGCGGAGACGACGGCCCUGUCGGACGGGAAUGAGGCAGGAGCCGACCUGGACAUGAAGUAUGCCGCGGAGGACAGCGGUCAGGCGGCGGAUGUGGGGCCCGGUAGAAGGGCCGCCGCGGAGGCCGCCAUCUUGCCGUAUCCCUGCAUUCCUGUUCGCCGCUUAUCGGCGUCAGCUCGCAAGCGGGGUCUGUUGCCGCCGCUGAAGGUUCCAUGGGGCCAAUUCUAAUGGCCGCCCUUCCGGGGGACAGACAACGAGGCACGUAGGCCGUUGCGGACCUGCUAGCAUGAGUGGUUCCUGGGAGCGCAUUUGCGGAGUAAGCUGGACCCUAAGAUGUGUAACUAUUGAGGGAACU